CAACAUUACUGCCAACGGAUCCGAAAUGAUGGCAACACUGGCCUCGUCGUCGUCGGUGUCGCUGUCGUCGACGUGCUCUCUGUCCACAAUCAACGACAUCGCAGCCGAACUCAUCACAAGCAACUCAUCGCCCAACUCAGUGAUGGGCCCCACCGUCACCCCCACCGCCAUCAGCAACACCAGCAACAGUCCAUUGGGUGACACUAAUAACCAUCACUCGAUUGUCUCGCGCCGCCAAUCGGUGUCACCGCCAGUGGUCGGCCCGUCGCUCAGCAAAUGCCCGCUUUGUUCCGAGUCUUACGUUCAGCCAAAAGUGAUGGCCUGUUGUUUCGCCACCUUUUGUCAGACCUGUCUGGAGAAGGUGUUGGACGCGCCCGACCGCAUCAAGUGUCCCGGUUGUGGCCACGAGUCGCUCCUCCCCUCCAACGGCGUUCAGGGUCUACUGUCAGACUACGCGACUGUGAAUAUGUUGGAACAGAUCGCUGUAUUGGACGCCAGCAUAUCGUCCAACGCUAGCAUUUCGUGCACCGGAUGUAAGAGCAAAGAGUUGGCGGCCGUCGCGCGUUGCUUCGAUUGCGCCAACUUCUUGUGCCCCAACUGUGUUAUGGCCCACCAAUUCAUGCACUGCUUCGAAGGCCAUCGCGUGAUCACUCUCGGCGACCACCAACACAAAGACAUCUCACACCCGCACCGACCGGUCAUCUGCUGCAAGCACUCGGAAGAGAUGAAGUACUACUGCCGCAGUUGCGAUGUCCCGCUCUGUAAGGAGUGCUGUGUCUUCGACCACCCGAAGGGCCUUCACGACCACGAAUACCUUUCCGACGCCGCACCCAAACAGGUCGAGCAGUUGACCCGAAUGGUAGACGAAGGUCGGGUCAAAAUGAAUGAACUAAACCAUACGCUCAAGACGUUGGAUGGGGUGACAAAUCGGCUCCAAAUGCAGCACCAAAAGGCUGGGCAAGAGAUAGCCGAAGCCUAUCAGUUCUACCUGUCUAUGCUUGAAGAGACCAAAAUGGAGUUUCUCAAAGAGUUGGACGACAUCUUCAACUCACGUAUGGUUUCGCUGACUCUUCUCACCUCCAAAGUGGAGGAAGCGGUCCGUAAGACACAACAGAUCUCACUAUUUAUGGACAGAACCCGAAAGUUUGCGUCGGCGGCCGAAAUGAUUCAAUACAAGUCUGUAAUCGAUGGCAAAUUGCAGGCAAUACUUAACUUCAAUCCCGACGCUAACAUACCAUCGCAUGAACUCGAGUUCGUCUCCAACUAUCAGGCGAUUCAGGUUGGUAUUCGCAACACAUUUGGAUACAUCCGGUCGUCAUCUAGUGAUGGCAAACAGCCCCCAAUCAGUCGUCCAAAUGGCUUGUCUUCAUCCGCUAUAUACCAGAAUGGCUUUGACUCCACUCCCAGCCUCUUAUCAAAGCGUUUCACAUCCAACACAACCAACUCCUGCCCUAAUGGCUCGUCGGUCUCAUCGAUCCGCUCAUUCUCUUCGGCUUCAAUCACUGAUCCUUUGAAUAUGUUUUACGAGAAGUGGUCGAUAGGAGGGGGUGGGGGCGGAGGCUCCGGAUCGUCACCCGAUUCGGCUCUCUUCACAAACGGAAGCACAACUCUUACCGAACAAUUCAAUGCACUCUCAGAUCCCGUAAUCGAUUUGUCGGCUAAACUGAUCUCCGCUUCAUCUCUACUGCCCAUCAAAUCGCAGAUUAAAAGACAGAAAAUGAUAUAUCACUGCAAAUUCGGCGAAUUCGGUGUUAUGGAGGGACAGUUCACCGAACCGUCGGGAGUUGCGGUGAAUGCGCAGAACGACAUAAUAGUGGCCGACACUAACAAUCAUCGGAUCCAGAUCUUCGACAAAGAGGGCCGAUUCAAGUUCCAGUUCGGCGAAUGCGGCAAAAGGGAUGGACAGCUCCUCUACCCUAACCGAGUGGCUGUUGUCAAGCAGUCGGGAGACAUCAUAGUUACCGAACGCUCGCCCACACACCAGAUCCAGAUCUACAACCAAUACGGACAGUUCGUACGCAAGUUUGGCGCCAAUAUUCUGCAACACCCGCGCGGCGUAACCGUCGAUAAUAAGGGACGCAUUAUUGUUGUUGAAUGCAAGGUAAUGCGAGUCAUAAUCUUCGAUCAGGUGGGAAAUGUGCUGCAAAAGUUCGGAUGCAGUAAACACUUGGAGUUCCCGAACGGUGUGGUCGUGAACGACAAGCAGGAGAUCUUCAUAAGCGACAAUCGGGCGCAUUGUGUGAAAGUGUUCUCAUACGACGGCAACUUCUUGAGACAGAUCGGUGGCGAAGGGCUCACUAACUAUCCGAUCGGUGUAUGCAUUAACGAAGCCGGAGAGAUACUGGUGGCCGACAACCACAACAACUUCAACAUAACGAUCUUCACUCAAGACGGGUGUCUCGUCAAUGCGUUGGAGUCGAAGGUGAAACACGCGCAGUGUUUCGAUGUGGCGCUGAUGGACGACAAUAGCGUAGUGCUCGCCUCCAAAGACUAUCGCAUUUAUAUCUACCGCUAUCUCCAACUCCAGUCUUUGGCCGCAGCCGUCGCCGCCUCUGGUAUUUGUUAA